CCGUUUUAAGUUAAAACAUAAGUUUAACCAUAGAAAUGUAUAUGUAUAUUCAAGAUAUAAUGAGCUGGCCAAAUAGUUUUUAAAUAAGCUAAAGGCCAUCCCCCCUGAAGAAACGGAGACGUUUUUUCAGACCAAAGAAGAAGAAGAAGAAGAACCAUAGAAAAAGGAUAACCUCAUUUUUUCAUUAAGAUUAUAUUCUUUUUCUAAGGUUAAAAAUUUAAAAACAAUAAGAAAAUGACAAUAGAUCACAAAAGAAUAAAUGGCCCAGAAGAAACUAUUCCUUAUGAGUUAUUUCAAAAAUUAAAUACCAAAUCAUUAACAACACAAUUCAAUGAAUGUUCCAAAGAUGGUAUUAGAAAAGACAAAAGAAAAACUGAUGAGCAUAGAAAAAUUUUUAUUACGACUGGGGUUGUAAGCCAAGCCAAAGGAUCAUCUUAUAUUGAAUUGGGCAAUACAAAAGUCAUAGUUUCAGUUUUUGAUCCCAGAGAAAUUCCCAACAGAACAGAUUAUAGUUUAAAAGGAGAAAUUGAUUGUGAAUUUAAAUUUGCACCAUUCAGCUGUCCCAAAAGAAAGCUUCAACAACAAGAUUCUGAAGAAAAACAUUAUAGUGCAAUAAUGAAACAAGCUUUGGAAUCUGCAGUUUGCAGACAUGAAUUUCCAAAUUUCCAAGUUGAUAUUUAUGCUUUAGUUUUACAUAAUGGAGGCUCUGCAUUAAGUGCAGCUAUUAUAGCAGCAGGAUUAGCUUUAUCACAUGCUGGAGUUCCAAUGUAUGAUUUAAUAACAUCUGUAACUUUGGGGCUACAAAAUGGUGAAAAACUUGUUGAUCUUACUUUAGAAGAAGAGACUUUAUGUUUAUCACCAAUUGCUGAUAGCAAAAGUCAUGGGAUUGUUGUUUUGUCUCUACUUUCAACACAUGAACAGGUUUCUCAGUUUUUUCAAACUGGUAAUUUAACAUUAGAAGAUGUUGUAGAAUGUACUCAUCUGCUAACCAAGGCAUGUAAGGAUAUUGUUCCACUUAUACAAAAAACCUUAGCUAAACAUGUUGUAAAAAAUGUAAAAGAAAGUAUUUAAAAUUAAAUAUUAGUAGUACA